AUGGCUUCAAUAAGUGAACACCAUUGCUUAAGUUGGCUAGAUUUGCAUCAAUCAAAGUAUGUAGCUUAUGCUUGUCUUGGAAGUUUAUGCAACUUAGUUCCUUCACAGCUUAUGGAAUUGGCUUUGGCCUUGGAAGCAACAAAAAGGCCAUCUAUUUGGGUUAUUAGGGAAGGAAAUAAAAGUGAAGAGUUGGAAAAAUGGUUUGGUGAAGAAAGGUUUGAGGAAAGGAACAAAGGGAGAGGCCUUAUAAUUAAAGGUUGGGCUCCACAAGUGGUGAUAUUAUCACACCCUUCAAUUGGAGGAUUCUUAACACAAUGUGGUUGGAAUUCAACACUUGAAGGGAUAAGUGCUGGUGUGGCAAUGGUAACACGGCCAUUAUUUGCAGACCAAUUUCUGAAUGAGAAGCUUGUUACUCAAGUCUUGAGGAUUGGAGUGAGCCUUGGGGUAGAGAUUCCAAUGAGGUGGGGAGUAGAAGAGAAGUUAUGUGUGUUGGUGAAGAAGCAAGGUAUCAAGGAAGCAAUAUGUAGGGUGAUGGAUGAGGGAGGAGAAAGUAAAGAGAUAAGAGAAAGGGCUAGUAAAUUAAGUGAAAUAGCAAAUAGAGCUGUUGAAAAAGGUGGUUCCUCUUGUCUAAAUAUGACAUUGCUUCUCCAAGAUAUCAUGCAAUGA